AUGUGUGACGACGAGGACACCUGCGCGCUCGUGUGCGACAAUGGCUCCGGCAUGGUCAAGGCUGGGUUCGCCGGAGACGACGCCCCACGAUGCGUCUUUCCCUCCAUCGUCGGCCGCGCCCGUCAUCAGGGUGUGAUGGUCGGUAUGGGUCAGAAGGACGCCUACGUCGGCGAUGAGGCCCAGAGCAAGCGUGGUAUCCUCACCCUCAAAUACCCCAUCGAACACGGUAUCAUCACCAACUGGGACGACAUGGAGAAGAUCUGGCAUCACACUUUUUACAAUGAGCUCCGUGUUGCCCCUGAGGAGUCCCCCACACUUCUCACUGAGGCUCCCCUCAACCCCAAGGCCAACCGUGAGAAGAUGACCCAGAUCAUGUUCGAAUCCUUCAACAUGCCUGCUAUGUACGUUGCCAUUCAGGCAGUAUUGUCUCUCUACGCUUCUGGCCGCACCACUGGUUUGGUCUGCGAUUCGGGUGAUGGAGUUUCUCAUAUGGUCCCCGUCUACGAAGGAUUUGCUCUUCCUCAUGCCAUCCUUCGUAUUGACCUGGCUGGCCGUGACCUUACCAACUAUCUGAUGAAGAUCAUGACUGAACGUGGCUAUUCCUUCACCACCACCGCUGAACGUGAAAUUGUCCGUGACAUCAAGGAAAAGCUUUGCUAUAUUGCCCUCGACUUUGAAGGUGAAAUGAAUGUUGCAGCUGCUUCUUCUUCCCUUGACAAAUCCUAUGAACUUCCUGACGGUCAGGUAAUCACCAUUGGCAACGAGCGUUUCCGCGCUCCUGAAGCUCUGUUCCAGCCUUCAUUCCUUGGUAUGGAAUCUGCUGGUGUUCACGAAUCAGUUUAUAACUCCAUCAUGCGUUGUGACAUUGACAUUAGGAAGGAUCUUUUCGCCAAUACUGUCAUGUCUGGAGGUACCACCAUGUAUCCUGGUAUCGCCGACCGCAUGCAGAAGGAGAUCACCGCCCUGGCGCCCUCCACCCUUAAGAUCAAGAUCAUUGCUCCUCCCGAGCGUAAAUACUCCGUCUGGAUCGGCGGCUCCAUCCUCUCCUCUCUGUCCACCUUCCAGGCCAUGUGGGUCACGAAGGAGGAGUAUGAUGAAUCUGGUCCUGGCAUCGUCCACCGCAAGUGCUUCUAG